AUGCCUAUCCGUCGCAAGCCAAAAUGGGCGGGAAACAUGGUAGAAGCAUUUCCAGUUCCUGAAGACAGACAGCCAGGCUACAAGAAGAAGAAACAGCGCUACGAGACUGAAGACGCAGAGUUAACAGCUCUACUCCCAGACCAGUCCGGCAAGACCAUCGAACAAGCACUCUCCCACCUCAACCUCAACCACAUCUCGAACACAAAACACGACGUCCCCAGCCAACCCUUCCGCUUCCUCGACCUCCCCUCCGAGCUUCGCAAUAGAAUCUACCACACCCUCCUCUUCUCCCUCCCUGACCACGACGGCUCCAGCUCCGGCUCACGUGUUUCGCCUCUCCUCGUCUCCAAACAACUUCACCUCGAAGCCAGCCACAUCCUCUACUCCCACACGCGUUUCCCUCUCUUCCCGCUCCAACUCUUCGAAUCACCACCAACAAUCCUCGAUCUUCCAUCGCACUACCACCCAUCCGUUACGAAUCUCCUCCUCACACUCGGCCCCUCCUGGACCAACCCACCCAAAUCAUGGCGCGUUACGCCCCGUCUCUCUCGUGUACUCAAGAAACUCACAAGUCUACGAACAUUGCGCGUCUUCGUCGAAUUUGACCCUUCACAUCCAGCGUUCAAGAUGCACAGGAUCAGUGAGAACUAUUACACGGAUUUCUGUGGGGAGUUACUGGGAGAUAUCCUUGAGACAAUGCCGCAGUGUGGUUAUGUAGAGUUAGAUGGCAACUCGGGAGUGGAUGUCAAUGGACCGUUAGUGAGGAAAUUGAGGGAGGAAGUCAAGGAGGCAGAAAGGGAGCUGAGAUGGGGUGGGAAAGCUGGUUGGGCACAUUUGUAUGACAAGCCAGAGGUUAGCAGGAGGGUUGUCGAGAAUGUGAUGUUUGAAGAUCGAGUUGCAAAGAUUGUAGACGAGGAAAUUAUUUGA